CGGCUCUGCCCUGCGGUGAACGGACGCUUCUGCUUUUACCACGUCACUCCGGAUCUGCUGUAUAACUUCACCUGCUGAGCAAUCUGCUGCUUCACACCACAGCUGUUGUGAGAUCUGAGCAUGUCGAGGACUCACAAAGUGAUACUAUGUCACAACAUGAAAACACAAUGGACAGACGACCUGUGGAGAGAUCACAGACCAAAGACAACAGACUGUAUCCAUCACUGCCCAACACAGACAGGUACAAGGUUUGUGUGGCGGACCGCUCCACAGGAGAAAAGCUUCACACAGCUGCAGUUUAUCCUCCCGACAGUCUCCCAAAGUCGGAAGCGGCGGCUGCCAGCUGUGUCGUCCGAAUGAAAGCACAGAUACUUCUCUUGGAUGAGCAAAGGCAGGAGCUUCUUUCUAUUAAUGAGAAAUGGGCAAAAGAAUACCGCACCAUGGCACAUUACUACAAAGAGAGGGUCCAAGCUUUAAAAGCAUUACUGCAACAUGAUCACGCUGAGGAGGAGAUGAGUGAAGAGGGAGAAAAUAAAGUCACAUUAUCCAAGAAAGUCAAGGAUCAAGAGAACGCAUGGACUGGAGACGAGUUACUAAAAGCAGAAAAAGAGGCAGAAGAGCUGCGAGCACAAAACAGCAGUUUGACACGAAAAGGGCAGCAUCAGCACGAGGAGAUCCGGCGAUUGAACAAGGCUCUAGAUGAGGCACUUCACACUACUCAGCCUCUCAGUGUGAGCAGUGAAACACUACAGGAUCUCUGGAAACAUCAGGCAGAAGUCUACAAAGAAGACUUUUUGAAGGAGCGCCGGGACAGAGAGAAGCUUAAAGACAAGUAUCUGGAACAAGAGAAGAAGUACAGAAAAGUUCACAGUGAGCUACGAGUCCUCAAAUCUCAGGUGACGUGGACUCCGACACCACGGCCUGUCCUCAAAAGCAGCAGCACAAAUACGGCCGCAUGUCCACAGUGGGAGGUCCGCCAGAUCAACCACCACAUCCAGCUACAAAGACGGCAGGCGUUCAACAACAAACCGUGAAAAUCCGACGACCUCUUUGUGUGAUAAUGUAUGUUUGUGCGUGUCUCAGAUCACAGCUCAUCAUUAGCAGGGUGAGACUUUGAAAGGUUAUCAAGGAAGCGAGCUCUGUUCUGUUUUCAGUCCUCGGCCGACCGUCUGCUGCAGGUUCAGGUUCAGGUUCAGCUUCAGGUAGUUUUCGUCGUGGUCGUAACGAGGCCAAUCCACCAGUCCGGGCCCAUUGGGAGUCCUGGGAAGCAAAGACAUAAAAAGACACUUAAACAGCCUGUGACAAUAGAAAUGUGAUCCUCUAGUAUACACACUUCCUAAGAAGAGGAAGCAGCAGAUAUGAAAUUAAAUACUCUACCCAUUGCGUGCAAAGUUUGCUAUGUAAGCCAUUGCGAGCUUGCUCAGUUCCUCCUCUUCUUGUGACACAGGUCCUGAGGGAGAUAUCAAUUAUUGCACUGCCCAAAACACUAUUGACUUUAUCUCAGGUGCAGCCAUGUAUGAGGGAUCUUCCUGUUUCAAGUACCUGUAACCACAGUGUGCCCGGUGCAAAAAGAGGAACGUCGUCAUAGUGGUCAGCUCUGACAGAAGUUGGCCUCGUCCCGUUGUGCUGAAACUCGUAGACAUACACGGGCACGCCCGCAUCUGUCGGGAGGGAAUUAAAAAUGCCAGUCAUGGUUGUGUGAGGACAAAGGAUGCGAUUAGAUUCUGACUCACUAUGAAGCACCUCCGUGGUAUGCAGACACUUUAAGAACGGGGAGAGCGAGCACCAUGUCGCCGAGUGUCUCAGUGAAAGCGUCCCGCACGUUCUCCGGAGAGUCGUCCUGCUGCAGGUAUUCAUUCAGCAUGACCUCAUUUAAACCUGAGGCCUGUCAGAGGAAAAGAUAGAGAUUGUAAGAGAAGAAGAAGUAAUAUAUAGCAACAUUUAUUUUAACAGUAUAUUUAUAAGUGGUUUUUAUUUUUUCCUUCCUGUUUCUUGUGUAUUUAUCAUGAAAAUAAAUCAUUGAAUGUG